AGCGGAAGGCAGGCGGCGGAGAGAUCCCGAUUCCCGUUUACUAGUCCUUCUCGGCUCUUCCAUGGAUGAAGAGACGAAGCAGAUGAUGGAGGAGAGGCUGCUGGUGAAGAGGGAGGAGGCGGCAGAAGAAAGCAAGAGCGAUGGCAUCACGUGGGGAGGAGUGGGGGAGGAGGUGAAGAGGGUGGCGCGCAUAGCGGCGCCGAUGGUGGUGGUGACGUCGUCGCAGUACCUCCUCCAGAUUAUCUCCGUCAUGAUGGUCGGCCACCUCGGCGAGCUCUCCCUCUCCAGCACCGCCAUGGCCGUCUCCCUCGCCUCCGUCUCUGGCUUCAGCCUCCUCCUUGGCAUGGCCAGUGCACUGGAAACUCUGUGCGGACAAGCCUACGGAGCUCAACAAUACCAAAAGCUCGGAACACAUACAUACACCGCGAUCUUCUCUCUGACCUUAGUGUGCGUCCCUCUCUCUUUCCUCUGGUUCUACAUGGGAAAACUCCUUGUGUUGAUGGGCCAAGACCCGCUGAUCUCACGUGAGGCGGGUAGGUUCAUAGUGUGGCUCGUCCCUGCGAUCUUUGCGUACGCGGCGCUCCAGCCACUGGUCCGUUACUUCCAGACCCAGAGCCUCACCACUCCAAUGCUCAUAGGCUCCUGUGCCACGCUCUGCUUACAUGUGCCUCUCUGUUGGGUCCUCGUGUUCAAGUCCGGGCUACAUAACCUUGGAGCCGCAUUGGCAUUGGGAAUUUCUUAUUGGUUGAAUGUGAUCUUUCUCGGGCUGUACAUGACGUUCUCUAGCGCGUGCCGGAAGACGCGUGUGCCGGUGUCAAUGGAGAUAUUCCGAGGCAUUCGGGAGUUCUUCCAAUUCGCUGUUCCAUCAGCUGUCAUGCUUUGCCUUGAAUGGUGGUCAUUUGAACUGCUCAUCCUGCUUUCUGGGCUUCUACCGAAUCCACAGCUUGAAACUUCAGUUCUCUCUGUGUGUCUCUCAACGAUAUCAACACUUUACACAAUACCAUUUGGAGUUGGAGUUGCUGGAAGCACGAGAGUGUCCAACGAAUUGGGAGCAGGAAAUGCGCAGGCAGCUCGUGUAGCUGUCUAUGCAGUGAUGCUUAUAGCAGUCACCGAGACAAGUAUCGUGAGCGCGGUCUUAUUUGCUACCCAGAAAGUCUUCGGUUACACCUUCAGCAACGAAAAGGAAGUCGUGGACUACGUUACGAAGAUGGCUCCUCUUGUUUGCCUCUCUGUCAUCUUAGACACCUUCCAAGGUGUCCUUUCAGGUAUUGCGAGAGGAUGUGGGUGGCAACACAUUGGAGCUUAUGUGAACCUGGGGGCAUUCUAUCUGUGUGGAAUUCCAGUUGCUGCAACUUUGGCCUUUUGGGUGGGAUUGAGAGGAGUGGGACUUUGGAUAGGGAUUCAAGUGGGUGCUAUUGUACAGAUAUCGUUGCUCUCAAUCGUGACCUAUUGCUCAAAUUGGGAAAAGCUGGCAAGCAAAGCGAGGGAGAGAUUAUUUGACGGAAGCUUUUCAGCCGAUAAUGGAUCGAUCAUUUGAGCUCAAGCAGAGCUCCAACUGAGAAAAUGAUCAUUGCAAUUCACAAGCUCUCCAGUUGUUUAGUUCUUGAUUUCAGUGAUGUCACAUUCAUAGAUUGCAUUAGAUCACACAUGGCAUCUGCAGCCGUAUGCAAUUCACACUAAAAUUCACUGAACAAGGUCACCAUUUCCGCACAAAUAUCCAGCCCCUGAACAUCAGCCAGCAUUCAAUAAUCUCAAGCAUAAGUCAUAUAUGAACAUGAACAUCAGUCAUUCAAACAAGAGUUUGGGGGUAAUUUCAUUGCCUUGCCCUAAAUGAAAAUGCUUAUCAUAUCAAGUUAUUAAA